AUGUCCUCAAACGACGACAAGAAACCCACCGCGCCUGAGAAAGCAGAUCCUUUUGAGCGUUGCGAGUCAGAAGGGACGUACGAGGACAUGGAGCUAUAUCACGAGUACAUGUUUUGCAUCCCCGACAACAACCAGGGCAUCUGGUGGCCCCGGGCAAGCGACCCCUUGCUGCAGCGGUCAAACGAGCACCGGGGCAGAGGAUUGCACAGCACAGGCACGCGCGGCCAGGCCGAGGGCUCCGCCGCCGCCGAGCAGGAUCGGCGCCGGCACAACAUCCCUGCCGAUACGCGGGGGUUGGAGGUGCAACCGGAGCUCUCGAAGGACGCUACAGAGCUGGGUCCUCAGCAGCAGCGCCCCCUGCACAAGCCGGGCCAGCCGAGCAAGUUGAAGCAGGAGGUACUGGCCGACGAGGCAGAGAAUGAAAGGGGCGAGCAGAUUGACAAGGGCGAUGUCAUCUCGGCCUCGGCAGCAACCGACAAACAAACCACUCGCAAAUAA